UCUCGCUUGCUUUCUGACUCUCUUUUUUGGUUUCCAAAGUCAACCCUGCUGCUGUUCCUGCUGCCACUGACUGAACUGAACCUGAGAUACCAGAUACCAGGAAUUCUGAUUACUUCUUGGGGUGGGGUGGGAAUAAACCAAGAAGGGGGGCAUCACCCACAAAACAGAAGAAGGACAAAUCCCAUCUGGAGGCUGUAAAGAGGACCUGCAGGGAAUCCAGAGGUUGCGACCUCUUCCUAAACACACACACACACAAAGGCAUCAUCCUGCUCUGUUAGGUGUAUGGGACUUAACUUCUUGAAGCACUGAAUUCUAAAAGGAAAACCAUGACCACUUUACUACUAGCAUUUGUGUGUUUGCAAGUCAUCACUACAGCCAUCUCUGUGGAAGUUUUAGAUCAUGGUGCCACACUGAGUGUGAGCAUACCUUUACAUUCCCCUUUGUGCGUUCCCCUUGGAAAAACUCUGACCAUUCCCUGUUACUACAUUGACACACUGGAGCAUGUCACCACCUCUCCAUUCACACCCCCUCUGUCCCCGAGAAUCAAAUGGAGUAAAUUAUCCGAAGGCAAAGAAGUUGUCUUGUUGGUGGCCAUGGAUGGACGUGUGAGAAUCAACACUGCAUACCAGGAGAUUGUUUCUUUGCCCAACUAUCCUGCCAUACCCACUGAUGCCACCCUGGAAAUCAAGACACUUCGGUCCAAUGAUACUGGGAUCUACCGCUGUGAAGUGAUACAUGGCAUUGAGGACAGCCAGGACACAGUAGAGGUUAAAGUAAAAGGGAUCGUGUUCCAUUACCGAGCCAUCUCCACCCGGUACACUUUGGACUUUGAGAAGGCCAAGCAGGCAUGUAUCCAAAACAGUGCUGUCAUUGCAACCCCUGACCAGCUACAGGCUGCCUAUGAUGAUGGCUUUGACCAGUGUGAUGCUGGUUGGUUGUCUGAUCAGACUGUCAGGUACCCAAUGCACCAUCCACGUGAAGGUUGUUAUGGAGACAAGGAUGAAUUUCCUGGAGUGAGAACAUAUGGCGUCCGUGAUACAGACGAGACAUAUGAUGUGUAUUGUUAUGCCGACGAAAUGGAAGGUAAAGUCUUCUAUGCCACCUCCCCAGAGAAGUUUACUUUCCCAGAAGCUGCAGAGAAAUGCCAUAGCCUUGGUGCUCGUUUGGCAACGACAGGAGAGCUGUACCUUGCCUGGAAAGAUGGCAUGGAUGUCUGCAGUGCUGGCUGGCUGGCGGACCGCAGCGUUCGGUAUCCCAUCAAUAAGGCACGGCCCACUUGUGGUGGAAACUUGGUAGGAGUACGCACCGUGUACCUCUAUGUCAACCAGACAGGGUAUCCUUACCCCCACUCACGCUACGAUGCCAUCUGCUAUGCUGGUGGUGACUUGGGUACAAUCAUCCAUGAGAAUUUCACAGAUGAGACCAUAGACGAAUUGGGCAGUGGUUUCACCAUCCAGACAUUCACUGAGACAGAUGUUGAGCUGGAAUUUCCACGUAAUGCCACUGAGGAAGAAGCCCGGGGAAGCAUCGCAACUUUGGAACCAAUAGACUUUACACCCACUGGCUCAGAGGCGGAUGAAGACUUCACGGCCACUCCAGAUCUCUUUGCUACUGGCUUCACUAAUGAGACAGAGACAGAGAACAGGACUGAGGUGGGAAUCUGGGAGGAUCUAGAAAAUGCCACUGUCUCAAUCCUGGAUACCCUGUUCACCACUGAUACCCCAGAGGUGAGCUCAGUGGAAGACAGCUUGUGGGCUACUGGAACACCAGGACUUGAAUCGGCCUUGCCAUUUACCGUGGAGGAACAAAUCGUGCCUGGGACAGCUGCUCCUGAUAUUGGCCUUAUUCCCAGCCAGCCCAUUUCUCCCGCUGGUGGUGUUGUCUUUCAUUACCGACCAUCCACCAACAGAUAUUCCCUGACCUUUGUCAAAGCUCAGCAAGCUUGCCUGGAUAACAACGCUGUUAUUGCCACUCCUGAACAACUGCAAGCUGCUUAUGAGGAUGGUUAUGAUCAGUGUGAUGCUGGCUGGCUGAGGGACCAGACAGUAAGGUAUCCCAUUGUGGUUCCACGAAGCAAAUGUGAAGGAGACAAGGAUGAUAUCCCAGGGGUGCGGACAUAUGGUAUGCGCCCAGCAUCUGAGAUGUUUGACGUAUACUGCUAUAUUGAUAAACUGAAUGGUGAGGUCUUCUUUGCAACUCAGCAUGAUCUCUUCACCUUAUUGGAAGCUCAAGAAUACUGUGAGAGCCAGAAUGCCACUCUGGCUUCUGCUGGACAACUUUAUGCUGCCUGGAAACUGGGCCUGGACAACUGCCGUGCCGGCUGGCUGGCUGACGGCAGCCUUCGAUAUCCGAUUGUCAACCCACGUCCUGCAUGUGGUGGGAACAAACCUGGUGUGAGGACCAUCUACUUGUACCCCAAUCAGACGGGGUUCCCUGACCCACAAUCAAAGCACCACGCCUUCUGUUUUAAAGCUCUGCCAUCCCUGUAUGAGGACAUAGAGGAGGAUCUCAUUGCAGCCCAGCUAGUUCCUGGAGUUGAGGAAGUCCCUUCUGGAGAAGAAACAACUGUGGAAAUUGAGUUUGCCAUUGAUUCUGAAAAUCAGACUGAGUGGGAAACAGAAGUAUUUCCAACUAACAUAUCAUUGUUAACUGUGAGUCCAUCAGCUGUUCCUACUAUUGAUGCAAUACCUGAAGAAACAAGCGGAGAAGCUCCAAUAACAGAGACAUCUGUUUCUGGAUGGACAUCUGGGGUGCCAGAUAUAAGUGGAAUUGAUGAACCUAGUGGAGAACCUUCAGGUUUUGGAGAAAGUGGAUUUCCUUCUGGAAUCCCAGAUUUAAGUGGACUCUCGUCUGGAGAAAGUGGGCUACCAUCAGGAGAUACAAGUGGUCUAUCUUCUGGCAUUAUUGAAGUCAGCAUUUUACCUUCUGGCGAUGAAGAAUUGUCAGGGCUUGGCUCAGAAAUCCAAGAGCGAGUACCUGGAUUACAAGAAGGCAAAGGGAUUCCAGAAAUCAGUGGAUUGCCUUCUGGAUUUAGUGGAGAGGGUUCUGGCAUUGACCUUGUCAGCGGUUUACCAUCUGGAGAGUAUGAUUACAGUGGUCUCACAUCUGGAUUCCCUACUGUGUCUCUGGUGAAUGCCACAUUGGUGGAAGUUGUAACCACAGCAACAGAAAGAGAAAUGGAAGGCAAAGGGACAAUUGGAGUCAGUGGAGAUGGAGACUUAUCAGGUUUUCCUUCUGCUGAGUGGGACAUUAGUGGGUUGCCCUCAGGAGUUGAUGUCAGUGAAAUACCUGACAUAAGUGGGCUUUCCUCAGGACUUGAUAUCAGUGGGGAGCCCUCUGGAAUACCUGACAUCAGUGGAUUAUCAUCAGGACUUGAUAUUAGUGGACAACCAUCUGGUCUACCAGAUAUCAGUGGGUUAUCUUCGGGAGUUGAUUUCAGUGGAGCACCUUUUGGGAUUCCUGAUAUAAGUGGCUUUGUGGACUUAAGUGGCCAAAGUUCAGGUGUUGAUGGAAGUGGUGAAACAUCAGGGGUUACUUUCAUAGAUGCUAAUUUGUUUGAAGUGACAACAACCUCUUCAACUAAAGAAGAAGAAGGGAAGGGGUUUGUAGAAAUGAGUGGAUUGCCUUCAGGAGAUGAAGAACUAUCAGGCUCAGUUUCUGGAAUUUUGGAUGUGAGUGGUCAGCCUUCUGGAGAAAUAGAUUACAGUGGAUGGAUUUCAGAAGUUCAUGAAGUCAGUGGACUUCCAAGUGGACUAACAGACAUUAGUGGGGAAAGUUCUGGUGUGGGUCUCACCAGUGGUUUGCCAUCUGGAAUUUAUGAUUAUAGUGGGCUCCCAUCUGGGUUUCCUACAGUCUCUCUUGUGGAUACAACUUUGGUGGAAGUUGUAACACAGCCAUCUGUUGCCCAGGAACUAGGAGAAGGGACAUCUGGAAUAUUAGAAAUCAGUGGUUUCCCAUCAGGAGAGAAAGAAACAUCUGGAGAAAUAUAUAGUGUGACAACAGCUAGUGGAUUACCAUCAGGGACAUUUGACAUCAGUGGAACAUCAUCAGGUAUUCCAUAUUUUAGUGGAGAAAUUACUGGUGUCAUUGAUAUAAGCGGAGAGUCUUCAACUGUAGCUGGUACUAGUGGCGAUGCCUCUGGACUCCCAGAGGUCACCUUACUGACUUCUGAUCUAGUAGAAGCUGUGACAAGCCCAGCAGUUUCACAGGAACUGGCUGGAGGUACAGAGGCCACACAUUCUCAUUUUUAUGAAUCAAGUGGAGAAGCCUCCACAGCUGGUGGAGAGACUUCUGCAUAUCCUGAAAGUACCCUAACAUCCCCUGAAUAUCAUGAUAAUAGUGGGGAAACAUCCACAUUUCAUGAACCCGGUGUGGAAACUUCAACCAUUCAUGAAAUGAGUGGUGAAGCAUCAGCACUGCCAGAAAGCCACCCAGAAAUGUCAACCAUGUAUGAAACAGGUAGUGAAACAUCUGCAUUGCCUGAAAGCUACUCAGAAACAUCUGGUGUACCUUCUGUCAGUGGCUUGCCCUCUGGGGCAUUUGAAGAAAGGAGCCAGAUUCAUGGGGACAGUUCAGGGCCACCUCCUCACCCAAUCUCAGAUGUACCAGAGAAAACCUUGUUACCUGAUGCUGAGUUAAGUGAGCACUCCAAAGAUCUAACCCAGGUUGAAACAGAGGCCUAUACACAUGUGAUACCAGAGUCAGAAAGAGAAGGUGCAUCUGUUCCAGAGACUUCACCAAUGCCUCCUGCUGCCACAGAUGACCUGCCUGAAGUUUCACCAGAAGUGACAGAUGAAACAGAGUCAAUUACACAAGUUACACCCAAAACAUGUGAAGAGAAGCCAUGUGGAGUUGGAACUUGUCAGGAACAAGAUGAGAGCAUCAUUUGCUUGUGUCCACCUGGAUAUAUGGGGGAUCACUGUGACAUAGACAUUGAUGAGUGCCACUCCAGCCCCUGUCUGAAUGGAGCUACCUGCGUCGAUGGCAUCCACAAUUUCACAUGCUUAUGCCUUCCCAGCUACGGAGGGGAUCUCUGUGACAUUGAUCUGGCAGAAUGUGGCGGCUGGACCAAAUUCCAAGGCAACUGUUACAAGCAUUGAGAGAAGCACACCUGGGUGGAUGCUGCGAACCUGUGCCGAGAACAUCAGUCCCACUUGAGCUCGUAUCCUCACCCGAAAGCAGAUUUUGUGAAUAGCAAUGCACAGGACUACCAGUGGAUUGGCCUUAGCGACAGGGCUGUUGAAGAUGAUUUCCGCUGGUCUGAUGGUCACUCCCUUCAAUAUGAAAACUGGCGGCCCAACCAGCCUGAUAACUUCUUUGCCAAAGGGGAAGAUUGUGUCGUAAUGAUUUGGCAUGAGAAGGGCGAGUGGAAUGAUGUCCCCUGCAACUAUCACCUUCCAUUCACAUGCAAAAAAGGAACAGUUGUCUGCAGAGAUCCACCAGUGGUUGAGAAUGCCAGGCACUUUGGCAAGAAGAAGGAUCGCUAUGAAAUCAAUUCCAUGGUGCGGUACCAGUGCAAUCCAGGCUACAUACAGCGCCACGUGCCCACCAUUCGGUGUCAACCCAAUGGGCACUGGGAAGAGCCACGGAUAGCCUGCAUAGACCCCUCCACCUACAAGCGCAGACUACACAAGCGAAGCCCACGGACUCGAUCAAGGACCAAUGGAGGAAUGGCACAGAGAACCACCCAUUAAAGGAAGGAGAGCAAGAGAUAAGACAGAGAACGAGAGAACGAGAGAGAGAGAGAGAGAGAGAGAAAUUUUAUGGAACAGUUAUAUUAACAGACGCUUGUUGCUUUUUUGUUUUUAUGUAAGAAAAAAUAUAUAUUAAAGAAAAAAUUCCACCUUGUCUAUAUGUAAAAAACAAAAACACAAAAGAGGGAGGAAAAAGAAACCUUUUGAAAGACAGCAAUGUAAAAGCCAUUGUGAUUCCAGCCUUUUAUUUUAUCUGCUACUAACUGGAUCCGAAUAUC